AUGGGGAGUGUCCUUUACAAAAACUCGUCUCAAGUGAGAAAACGCAUCGAGACACAUACCUUUGAAGAUGAAGGAGGAGAUGAGUACGAGGGCAGUGAAUUCAAUGGGUUCAACGACUAUUUCCGGCGCAAGAAAAUCAAGCUGCAGAAUCUGGAUGCUGAUAUGCGCACAAACUCUGAUAAGCCUCAGAUAUUCAAGGGCAUUGUCGCGCAUGUGACCGGAUAUACCCAGCCGCCAUUGCAUGUCCUUCAUCGUGAAAUUGUCCAGCAUGGGGGCGGUUUUCUUCAAUAUCUGGAUUCCAAAACAAUGGCAACUCACAUCAUUGCCUCGACGCUACCCCCUAAGAAAUCGGUCGAUUUCAGCCGCUAUCGCAUUGUCAAGCCAGCAUGGGUCACGGACUCCAUCAAGGCUGGUCAACUCUUACCAUGGGCCAACUAUCGGGUGUUAGAUGAGGGACCAAGGCAGAAAGUGCUUAAGUUUGACGGUAGUAAUGGCCUAACGCCGUCAACUCCACGUCCCAAACAGGGCUACCGGGAACAGUCGGACAACAGUUUCUAUGCCAGCCAGUUCAAGGCGCCCUCUCUCCCCAGCCAGAAUUUGAGUCAAAUAGUCGAGAAAGCCCAAACUCCUAUUGGACUCAACAACCGUGAUUUGACAGUCACACCUCCACUCACAGGUGUCAAGAGCUCUUCAAAGAAGCCUGAAAAUGAAUCUAAACUUGCUUCACUUGGCCAGUCGGCGGUCGCCCCAAUCGAUUUUGAGAUGGACGAAAGUGAAACGAUGAAGCAAGAAAUGAAAACUCUUCAAGAAUCGAGAAUGCAAGCCAAAGCGCCAGAUACCUCGAAACCGAUGACCUCAGAGGAGCACAAUGCACUACUAUUGUCAGAUCCUCGAAUACGCAAAUCUUCAACCGCAAAUCCAGACUUCCUAAAGCAAUUUUACUCUGAGAGUAGACUGCAUCACCUUUCUACAUGGAAAGCAGAGCUCAAGUCGAGAAUGCAACGGCUUGCUGCAGAAAAGGGCCAGUCGGGUCUUAAUUCCAAGAAGCGUUUAGGCUCGAGGCGAUAUGUCAUGCAUGUCGAUUUUGACAGCUUCUUUUGUGCGGUUUCUUUGAAGAAAGCCCCAGAAUUGGUCAACAAGCCAGUGGUUGUUGCUCAUAGCGCAGGAUCUGGGUCAGAAAUUGCAAGUUGCAACUAUCCCGCUCGGGAAUUUGGAGUGAAGAAUGGAAUGUGGAUGAAAUCGGCACUUGAGAUGUGCCCUGAACUGAAAGUACUGCCGUAUGACUUCCCCGCGUACGAAGACGCGAGCCGUUUAUUCUACGAAGCCAUAUUAGACGUUGGCGGCAUAGUGCAAAGUGUCAGCAUAGAUGAAGCUCUGGUCGACAUAACGUCGAUAGUUCUGACAAGCACUGGGUCUCAGGGCACGGAGUCCGAAGCAGGAAACGUAGCUCAAGAGCAAGAUAUGGCGGACAAAAUCGCACAGGGUCUUCGCGACAAAGUCAAGUCUCUGACGGGCUGUCAUGUUUCUGUCGGGAUUGGGGCGAACAUCCUUCAAGCCAAAGUGGCUUUACGCAAAGCCAAGCCCGCAGGUCAGUAUCAGCUGAAACCAGCAGAUGUGUUGCAUAUGAUAGGCGACCUCAAAGUUGAUCACCUUCCUGGCGUUGCGCGAAGUAUUAGUGGAAAGCUCGAGGAAAUCGGCGUCACACAUGUCAGAGACCUAAGAGAAGCAUCAAAAGAACGCCUCACAUCGAUUCUUGGGCCUAAAACCGGCGAGAAACUCCGGGAGUAUGCUCGUGGUAUCGAUCGUACGGAAGUUGGAGAACAACCACCGCGCAAGUCUGUCUCAGCAGAAGUCAACUGGGGUAUUCGAUUUAUCAAUCAACCGGAAGCUGAAGAAUUCAUCUACAAUCUUUGCAAAGAAUUGGAGAAACGACUGUUGAACGAAAACGUCAAAGGGAAACAGUUGACAAUGAAGAUUAUGAGGCGAUCACUGGAUGCACCUCUUGAUCCUCUAAAAUCCCUGGGUCAUGGCAAGUGUGACACAUUCAGCAAGAGUAUUGCUUUCGGUGUUGCCACAAAUAAUCAACAGGCCAUCGGCAAAGAAGCUGUCAACAUACUGCGAUCUUACAAGUUCAGUCCUGGUGACUUGCGCGGUUUGGGAGUGCAAAUGACGAAACUGGAACCGAUCAAAACGAACCCAGCUGCUCCGGACGGUAGCCAGAAGAAGUUGGCUUUCAACACAUUUACAAAGCCGUCGCCCGUCAGGAGAACAUCUACAACUGAGCAGAUCGACGAGAUUGAGAGCCCUGAAAAGAAGAAAAGCACACCGAGUCGCGAAGUGUACAAGGACCCAAUUGCCGACGAUCCAUUGACUCCACGGAAGCAGAAGAUACACCCGGCCAUGGCAUUGACUAAAGCCAGUCAGGACGACGCUAAGGCAAAGACACCCCUAAACAUUUCUGGAACUCAGUUCAUCAUCCCAAGCAAUGUUGAUCCUGCCAUCCUGGCUGAGCUACCAAGCAGUAUUCGGAGCAAGCUUAUGGCUCAGAAGUCCCGAAUGCCAGAGGCUCACGCCGAGUCCCCAUCGGUCAAGUCAAGGUCGGAGAGCCCUAUGCAGUUUGAUGCAUGCCCGACUCAGAUAGAUCCGGAGGUUUUCAAUGCGCUGCCUGAUGAUAUGAAGGCCGAGGUCAUGGCAACUUAUGGACGAAAGCCCAGGCAAACCACACCACAUCAAUCCCCCGGCAAAGAUCGCACAACACAAGCUAGAAAGCCUCCUACGCCGUCAAAACGAGGUAGGCCACGAGGCCUGUUUGGUAAAGCUCAGCGGCAAAGAGAUGCCGAAGCUGGUUUAUUACAGACUAACUUCCGAUCGCUGAAUCAAGUUGGCGAUGCUUUCGAGGAGGAGGAGCCUAUCGAAGAACUUGAUCCAGAGUUUUUGGCUGAAUUGCCGGAGGAUAUGCGAAGGGAAAUCAUUGAAGAUCAUAAGAAACGAAAGAGGGCUCAACAAACAGGACUAGAGGCACGCUCGCGGAAGCACGAUACUCCUGACCUUGAAGAGCCACUGCCAGGCGGUCAGCGUAGGAUUCAGUUUGCCGCUGUCCCACGCAAGAUAUCAUUUUCAAGUUCAGGGGUGACCUCGACACAGGAGAUCAAAGAUAUGCUAGAUGCGUGGCAUGCGGAAACGAGAAAAAACGGUCCUCAUCGUGGGGACUUGGAUGUCCUGGAAAAGUAUCUUGAACGAGUAAUUCAGGAAGAACGCGAUUUGGAAAAGGCUACCAAAUUGGUUAAGUGGUUGGAUGUGAUAGUUGAACAGGAUGGCAAGAAGGGGCGAGGACAGGAUGUUUGGAGACGAUCGGUAGAGGCUAUCAAAGGUAUCGUGCAGCAUGCUGUAAAGCAGCGAGACAUGGCUCCUUUGAAAUUCUGA